AGAACGCUAGAGCAGACGGAGCAACUGCCUCCAGUGAGUGUGUGGCAGCAAAAGCAACUAGAACAAACAAGAUGAUCAGGCUAGAGGAAGUGAAGGAUGAUGACACACCUCCCCCCAGGAAGCCACCUCAACAGCCGGCGGACUUUGAGACGGCCAUCGAUGCGGCGGGCUUUGGCUUGUUCAACAUCUUGCUGCUCCUGGUGGCUGUCGGCGCUGCGAUGGGAACGGUCUAUGAGACGUCUACCAUGUCGUAUAUACUGCCGAGCGCCGAGUGCGAUCUGCAUUUAACCCUGAUUGAUAAGGGUGUACUGAACGCGGUCACCUAUGCGGGCAUGAUAUCGUCGGCCAUACUCUGGGGCUAUGUAGCCGAUACGAAGGGACGCAAGAAGCUGCUGGUCUACGGUUAUUUGGCAGACACGAUUUGUGUGCUGGGCGGCGCCAUUAGCCAGGACGUAGUGCAGCUCAUGAUCUUUAAGUAUCUGGGCGGCUUCACUAUGAGCGGACCGUUUGCCGUGCUGAUGACAUAUCUGACGGAGCUGCAUGGACGGCAGUAUCGCCAGCGCAUCAUGAUGCUGGUUGGCAUUAUGUUCAGCCUAGCCACGCUCAGUCUGCCCGGCCUGGCCAUGGGCAUCUUGCCCCAGACCUGGGACAUACAAAUUCUGGGACUCUCAUUGCAUGCCUGGCAGGUUUUUGUGGCCAUUAGCGCAGUGCCGAGCAUCCUGAGCUUUGCUUUCUUUCCCUUCUUCCCGGAGAGCCCGAAGUUUCUGAUGUCGCGCGGACGCAACAAGGAGGCGCUGGAGGCGUUCAGGUUCAUCUAUGCCCUGAACAAACGUCAGCCGCGCUCCGCAUUUCCAAUCAAAGAACUGGCCAAUGAACUGUCGCCAAAGUCCGAUGCCCAACAGCCGGAGCAGACGUCUGGGAGUGGCAAGCCGGCCGUGGAUAAGGCGCUGCCCAAGGAUGCGGACGUCGAGCUGGCCAGCAAGCCAAAAAGUUCACUGCACCGGGGUCUGCUCCAGCUGCGUCCGCUCUUCGUCAAGCCCUAUCUGGGGCUCUCGCUUCUGGUCUACCUGCUCAACUUUUGUGUGCUCCUGGGGCAGAACACGAUGCGUCUUUGGCUGCCGCAGCUGUUCGCCUCCAUCAAGGAGUACGAGCAACUGGCCAGCAGCCAGGCCCAGCCCGGCGGCACCAGCAUCUGCAGCAUCGUCGAGUACAGCGUGAAUCGUACGCAGAGGCAACUGGAGGCAGCCGCCAUGGGCGGUGGCAUGGCCGAGUGUACGGUGAAUGUGAGCGCCUCCAGUUACACGAACAACUUGAUUGUGGCCUCCGCCGGCCUGGUCUCCUACACACUGGCCGGUGUCCUGGUCAAUCUGGUGGGCGUCAAGCGGAUUAUGUUUAUGUGUCUGUUUGCCGCCGGCUCCUGCGCCCUGGGCAUGUACUGGUCGAGUUCAUCCACAACGACCGUGGCGCUGGCCUCCAUUUUCGUAUCCAUGGGCAGUAUAUCGGGCACAUCACUCAUCAGCGCCUCGCUCAGCAUGUUUCCCACGGCACUCCGCACCAUGAUCGUCUCGCUGAGCAUGAUGGUCGGCCGCAUGGGCUCGUUGCUGGGCAACAUCUUCUUCCCGGCACUGAUGACCACCGGCUGUCUGCCGCCCUUCCUCAUGGUCAGCUGCUUUAUGUUCACCGGCUGCCUGUUGGCCUCAUUUCUGCCCGUGAAAAACAAAGCCGUACUGAAGUAGCUCAAUUUCCAUAUUCAUGAAUCCAUUUACCUCCAAUCAACUUUUCACAGAUUGCUUUUUACGAUAUAGCCGCUAGCUCUAGUUAGUCUUAAGUUCUGUGUGUGCUUCAUUUUUUUUUUU